AUGUCUAUUCCGCAACGUAUAGCACCGCCGGUGGAAUCUCUCAGGGAAUUUUACGUCGGGAGAGAUGUUCACAGCGUCCCCAAGCCUGCAGCGGUCUUGGAUGCGGCCAAGAUUAGACGGCACUGCCAGUCGAUGUUAGACGGCGUGGACGCGCUUGAAUUGGGAUUUCGGGCUCAUGUCAAAACUCACAAAACGAAGGAAGUCACCCGUCUCCAGGCUGGCGAGAAACACCAACAAGCCAACUUCGUCGUAUCUACCGUGGCGGAGAUCGAACAUCUGCUGUCCGUCUUCCAAGGCUAUAUUGAUGCAGGCCGUGAUGUCAACGUGCUCUACGGUGUACCGCUCCUCGGAUCCCAGGUCGACCGACUGGCUAUUUUGAACAAGCAACUUGGGAGGAACGGCCUUACUGUCAUGACAGAGCACCCUUCACAGCUAGAGUCAGUCAAGCGUCUGCAAGAACUCACCGGAUUUCCUGUUGGCGUCUUUCUCAAGGUCGACACGGGCUACCAUCGCGCAGGUUUGCCUGCGGCGGCGCUCAACAAAAAAAGACUGCUGGAACAGCUCAUCCAGCUUGACGCAGAUAGCCGGGUCACUUUCGUGGGCGUGUACUCUCACAGCAGCUUGAGCUACAACGACACAACGGCCGACAAAGCGAUGCACAACCUGGCCGCCGAGAUCGAAGGCUGCUUGGAGGCUCUGCACGCCGACGCCGACCUCCUCCUGAGCAAGGGCCCGCGCGAGCUCAUCAUCAGCGUCGGCGCAACCCCGCAAGUCACGGCCAUUGAGAACUUGACGGCGGGCGCAGCCGGCGGGCCCGGAGAGCAGCGCCUCCGCGAAGCGAUCGCCAAAGCCAAGACCGGGUCACGCGGAGAGCUGCGGUCGAGCCUCGAGCUCCAUGCCGGCGUCUACUCUGUUCUCGACAUGCAGCAGAUGUCCACUCGCUCGAGGAAGGACCUUGACAGCUACGAGGAUGAGGUGGCCAUAACCGUGGUGGCGGAGGUCUGCGGCGUCUACAACGAUGGCGAGCGGGAGAAGCCCGAGGCUUUGGUCGCCGUCGGAACGCUCGGUCUGGGGAGGGAGCCCUGCCCUUCGUACAGCGGCUGGGGCGUCAGUGGUCGCCUGCCGUUUCCUGGGUCUGAACACGGCCACAAACUCGUUGUCGAGAGGAUCAGCCAGGAACACUCCAUCCUCUCCUGGGACUCUGGCCCGGAAAAGGAGAUCGACCUACCACGGAUCCCGUUGGAGGUCGGGGAGACCGUUAGCAUAUACCCAAACCAUGCGUGUGUCACGGGGGCUUUGUACGGCUGGUAUCUGGUGGUGGACUCAAGCAGGCCCAAUAAGACGGAGAUCGUGGAUGUUUGGGUUCGAGGAUCUGGAUGGUGA